AUGGCGGCAGCUUCGAAGACAGCCAUGCUUCGACAAGCACAAGUCCUGUCAGCGUCCAAGCGACUGUUCUCGAGCACUACCCAACCACUUCGACCCUUCCGGCCAGCUCCUCUACUCCCUUGCACGAGACAAUGGCUUUCCCCACGACUGUCACUUACUUCUCAAAUUGCGUCCUUCUCCUCGACUGCUCAGAGGAAGAUUCUACCACCAGGUCCGCAAGUCAUCCAAGGAGGAGUCAACGACCCUGCGCCCGUGCCGAAGCCUGAUCCCCUCCAUGGAAGCUAUCACUGGACAUUUGAACGAAUCUUGUCGGUGGCAUUGGUUCCCUUGACCAUUACUCCUUUCGCCGCCGGCUCCGUCAGUCCGAUGCUGGAUGCUGCCUUGAUCUUUGGCAUUUUGAUCCACUCACACGCAGGUUUCCAGUCAAUCAUCAUCGAUUAUAUCCCUAUUAAUCGUCACCCGACCGCGCGGCGAGCCUUCAUGUGGCUGUUGAACCUAGCCACCCUCGUUGUGGCUGUUGGUUUCUACGAGUUCGAAACCAAUGACGUUGGUGUGGUUGAGGCAAUGAAAAGAAUAUGGCAUGCGGGUGAGAAUGAUGCUACAAUUGGCAAGGCUGACGUUUCGAACUUGGGUCAUGAUGGGAAGCUCAAGCACCUGAAAUAA